UCAAACAAGCAGUAUUUUGAGUUCAAGAAGAUCAAAGAAGCAAAGCGCUUCAAAGAGGAGAUCAAUUAAUACGAGGUACGUAGAAGAAGUAGAAGGUUUGUGAGGUGAGAAGAGAAGCCAUGCCGCUCCGCCGCUUCGCCUUCGGCCGCACCGAGGACGCCGUCCACCCCGACACCAUCCGCGCCGCGCUCUCCGAGUUCGUCGCCACCGCCAUCUUCGUCUUCGCCGCCGAAGGCUCCGUCCUCUCCCUCGACAAGCUGUAUAAGGACACUUCCAGCGCGACGGGGCUGGUGGUGGUGGCGAUCGCCCAUGCGCUUGCGUUCUUCGUAGCGGUGGCCAUCGCCAUCAACAUCUCCGGCGGGCACGUCAACCCCGCCGUCACCUUCGGCGCGCUUCUCGGUGGCCGGAUCUCGCUCAUUCGUGCCCUCUUCUACUGGGUCGCCCAGCUCCUCGGCGCCGUUGUGGCCUCCCUCCUCCUCAGGAUAACCACCAGAGGAAUGCGUCCGCCGGGCUUCUCGCUCGCAUCGGGAGUGACCGAAUGGCACGCCGUCCUGCUCGAGAUCGUCCUGACGUUCGGGCUCGUGUACACCGUCUACGCCACGGCAAUCGACCCGAAGCGGGGCCACAUGGGCACCAUCGCCCCGCUGGCCAUCGGCUUCAUCGUCGGCGCCAACAUCCUGGCGGGGGGGCCGUUCGACGGUGCAGUGAUGAACCCGGCACGAGCGUUCGGACCAGCGCUCGUGGGGUGGCGGUGGAGGCACCACUGGGUCUACUGGGUCGGGCCGUUCGUCGGAGCCGGGCUCGCCGGGCUCGUCUACGAGUAUCUGGUCAUACCCGAGGAGACUCCUCAUGCUCACCAGCCCCUGGCACCUGAAGAUUACUAAAGAAGUGUGUGUGUGUGUGUGUGUGUGUUUGUGUUUUUUUUUUUUUGGCUAUGUUUCUUAUGCUUGUUUUGUUUGUGGAG